GCAAAAGUCAAGUUCUAAUGUCCCUCGCUGCUACCCGUCCGUACAAUAACGUUCAGUACUAGAAAUGGCCGAAGCCCCUCCACGGUCCAGCCGGUUUUUUUGUCACCGGUGUUCAGCAGAGAUCUCUCCCCGUUUACCGGACUACACAUGCCCACGCUGUGAGUCUGGGUUUAUUGAAGAACUUACGGAGGAAACAAGCAGCUCAGAAAAUGGGUCUGCAUCCACAUCCUCUGCCAAUGAUCAGAACCGCUCCAGCUUUGAGAACAUGGAUCAUCAUCAUUUGUUCACAUUUCCCUCGGGAUACGGCCCAUUUGCCCUGGGGAUUUUCGACGAAAACUUUGACCUUCGAUCGAGAUUAUCCACAGAGGACAACCGUGAGGUAGAGAACAGACGAGAAAGGGAAAUGGCUUCGCGCCAGCGAUACAGUGCCAGGCAGCCACGGGGUCGACAUGUUCCUCGCAGACAGGGGUCGCGGCACGAAGGAGUGCCCACAUUGGAGGGAAUCAUCCAGCAGCUAGUUAAUGGAAUCAUAGCACCUACAGCCAUGCCAAAUCUUGGGAUGGGACCUUGGGGUAUGCUACAUUCAAAUCCGAUGGACUAUGCCUGGGGAGCUAAUGGACUGGAUGCUAUCAUUACACAGUUAUUGAACCAGUUUGAAAACACUGGUCCGCCGCCAGCUGACAGAGAAAGAAUAAAGAGUUUACCAACCAUUUCCAUUACACAAGAACACGUCAGUGCUGGUUUAGAGUGUCCUGUCUGCAAAGAAGACUACAGUGUUGAUGAGAAUGUUAGGCAACUACCGUGCAAUCAUUUGUUUCACAAUGAUUGUAUAGUACCAUGGCUGGAGCAGCACGACACGUGUCCCGUGUGCAGGAAGAGCCUUAGUGGACAGAACACAGCCACAGACCCACCGGUGUUAUCAGGAAUCAACUUCUCUCCACCUUCAUCCUCCUCCUCUUCCUCACCAAGCUCACCUAGCAACGAAAAUGCAACCAACAACUCCUAGGUCCCCCCCCCCAUACUUCUUCACAUCUGAGCACCGCAGCCCGCUGAGAACCAUCAGCUCCUUUCUGCAGCUGAGACCAUUACAGGUUUAUGUCUCAAUUCUUGGGGACAAAAACUCUCAUUUCUUUGUCUUCAUUCCUCCCCUCUGCCGAAAGGAUGCUGGGUCCAACCGCUGCUGCUAUUGUUACCUAGUGUACGAGGAGUGAACAACAAAUGUGAAAAAAUAUAUUCAAGGACGAGAGAAGAAGCAGUAUAGAACAGGAGUGGACUGCAUUUUGCUGGAAAAACAUCCUCGUUAUAAGGUGUGGACACAUUUU